GAAGGUGUUUCGAAUGAAUGUUGAUUGAAGAGUGCAAAAGCAUCGCAUGUAUGUCAACAGACGACAAAAAAGCACUGAGUAUUGUUUCAGAAGAACCAACACAGCAGUCUCGUCGAGUCGCCGUCACUACCCGAACUCACACCAGCCUUAAAUCCAUACGGCCGUCAAUUGGAACCACAAUAUAAUACACGUAGUUUCUCGUGUAUCAUCCAUGAUUAUUUACGGAAUACUUACGUACAUCUAGAAGAUUUCGACCAACCACGGGGAUCGCUUCACCGGGAGAGGCGGGUCGACGUGAAGAACCCAAGACUGUGGGUAAACGAUGAAAUAAAUAUCAACAUCCAGAGAUAAAGAACAUAACUUGAUUGCUUGUGUCCCAAAUCAUCCACCAAAAUCCCAACAUCACCAUGUGCCCCAACACCGAUACCGUCGGCCUCCACGGCUGGACCGCUGUGCCUGUCGAUGCCGAUGCCAUCUUCGAAGGAAAGCCGUACCUCAACGAGCCCACUCCCGUCUCGCUCUCGGAUAUUGCCUGGCCAUCCGAUGAUCCCAUCGUAGCCAAAGUCCAAGAAUACGCCAAGGAGAAGCUUCCCAUCGAGACCUACAACCACUCCAUGCGAGUUUUCCACUGGGCAACCAUUAUCGCCCGCCAACAAUUUCCCACCCACGCCUCUUCUCUCUCGCCUUCCACCCUCGCCCUCACCUGCCUCCUGCACGACAUCGGCACCACCCCCGCCGCCCGCGCCAGCACCCAACUCUCCUUCGAGUUCCAAGGCGGCUUCAUCGCCCUCCAGCUCAUCCAGCACCAACUCGGCGGCGCGCAAUCCCAAGCCGAAGCCGUCGCCGAGGCCAUCAUCCGCCACCAGGACCAGGGCACCGUCGGCACCAUCACCUUUCUGGGACAGCUGAUCCAGCUGGCGACCGUGUAUGACAAUAUGAGCGAACGGCCGUAUUUGGUGCACCCGCAGACGCGGGAGCAGGUGGUCACCAAGUUCAAGAGGUGUGGGUGGAGUAGGUGCUUUAGUAAGUCGCUUAGAGCCGAGCUGGAGGAGAAGCCGUGGGCGCAUACGACGCAUUUGGGCAGUGAGAAGUUUCCGAAUGGGGUUCGGUUCAAUAAGUUGAUGGAGGAGUAUGAUGCUUGGACAGAAUGAUGGGGAGGUUAGAGAGGGAGAGGGAGAAAGUAGAGAAUAGAGGCUGUGUGUCUCUUUGCAGCCUGUGAAGGGAGGGAAGAAGGGAAGAAAUGAUAAGUAAGUGAAAAGAAAAAUGUGAUAAGGGGGACUGAACCCGAUUUGAUGUAAAUGUGUCGUCGCGAGCAUGGUGUGCAACAUGAAUGGUUUGUAAUCAUUGACGGAUGGACUGCUACUCGGGAGAGAGAUAGGUUCUCUGCGCUGUCUGGUGUCCAAAUCACAUGUAGUGUCUGUUUGUUAGACAUGGAGGAUACCCAUGCUAAGAUUGGAGAGAAAUAUAUUGGGCCAGAUACGGGCCUUGCUCGGAAAGAUAGCCGUGUCUGAACUCUCACGCCGAACGAGGACUAUUCGUUUUCGCUAGAACUUGUUUGGUACGUUGAGAGUUUUCUUGCGAGUGAGAGAACGAGAUGAGUUGCUUAAGACUGGGAUUGGUUACUUACCCUUAGAUAAUCCGUCAUUGCGCGAGAACAAGGGCGUCUAAAAUAUGAAGGCGCAAGUAAGUACCUCAACAUAUCUUAUCACUCUUGACUGCUCAACGAUGUGUUCGAAUUCGACAGCGCCAGUGAAAUCCUCCUAUUCAACCGAUGGCCGAACUUGCAAAUCGA